CACUUCCGCUUCCGUUCUUGGCACAGCCCCAGCAUGGCGGACGCUGGAAUUCUCGCUUUGACUCAUUGAAGCACGUUCACGGUAAUUUAGGUCCCUUUAUGCGCACAGCAACCACCGUAGGAACUCGAUCAAAAUGUCAGGGCGCUCGUUAACGCUCCAACACAUGUCACAAACUGCACGCUGGAGUCUCCACUAGCUCUUCUCUCAAAGGAACGUCGCUUUUGACGCAAGGCGAACUGCCUUCCCCCACCACUGCUGUUGCUUCAGGAGCGGACUUGAUUCAAUCACAUUUAGAUUGCGCUAAUAAUCGGGCUUCAAGAUGACUGACGGUGAAGGUAACGAGAUCCGUGUCAAGACGGCAUACAACGGUGAAAUAAUGGUGAUGUACAUCGACCCGGCGAUCGCCCUGGAGAAAUUAUGCAAGGAAAUGAGGGACAUCUGCAAGUUCAACGAGGAGCAACCCUUCACAAUGAAGUGGGUCGACGAAGAAGGUGAUCCAUGCACAAUAUCAACGCAAGAGGAACUCAACGAAGCCAUACGCCUGUACGAACUCAACAAAGAUUCUGAGAUAACAAUUCACGUUUUUCCUAAUGUCCCUGUUGCCCCUGGAAUGCCCUGUGCCGGAGAAGACAAGAGCAUCUACCGAAGGGGAGCUCGCCGGUGGCGUAAGCUCUACCGCAUCAAUGGUCACAUCUUCCAGGCCAAGCGCUUCAACCGGCGUGCAUUCUGCACCUUCUGCCUGGACCGCAUCUGGGGCCUGGGACGGCAGGGCUUCAAGUGCACCAACUGCAAGCUCAUGGUGCACAAGAAGUGCCACAAGCUCAUCAAGCUGGCCUGCUCGGGACCCCUGAAGAACGACCAGGACCAGUUUGCGGAAUCUGCGCCUACCACCCCGGCGCCCUCCAGGACCGGCGACACCACCACCAAUGGUGGCGACGCCUUCAAUGGCACGGGAGGAAUCAACCGAACGGGUACUCCGAGGCACAAGGUGCACCACCAGCGGGCAAGCUCGGCCCUGGCGUCCACCACCGACUCUGGGGCCGGGGCCGCCACCCCACUGGGACAGGACAUUGACGACCAAAUGCCAGGAGGCGUGGAGUCUGGGGAUUCCCGUCAGUACGGCCUGCAGGACUUUGACCUGAUCCGGGUGAUUGGGCGUGGCUCGUACGCCAAGGUGCUCAUGGUGGAGCUGCGCAAGACCAGCCGCAUCUACGCCAUGAAGAUCAUCAAGAAGGAGCUGGUCACCGACGACGAGGACAUUGACUGGAUCCAGACGGAGAAGCAUGUCUUUGAGACGGCGUCCAACUACCCAUUCCUUGUAGGGCUCCAUUCGUGCUUCCAGACAGAGAGCCGGCUGUUCUUUGUGAUAGAGUUUGUGCGAGGAGGGGACCUGAUGUUUCACAUGCAGCGGCAGCGGCGUCUGCCCGAGGAGCACGCCCGCUUCUACUCCGCCGAGAUCUCCCUCGCCCUCAACUUCCUUCAUGAGAGGGGCAUCAUUUACCGGGACCUAAAGCUGGACAACGUGUUGCUGGACCACGAAGGCCACAUCAAGCUCACUGACUAUGGCAUGUGCAAGGAAGGGAUCCGUCCCGGAGACACAACAAGCACGUUCUGUGGGACACCCAACUACAUCGCCCCUGAGAUUCUGCGCGGUGAAGACUAUGACUUCAGCGUGGACUGGUGGGCCCUGGGUGUGCUGCUGUACGAGAUGCUGGCCGGCCACUCCCCCUUCGACAUCAUGGGUACCAGCGAGAACCCUGACGAGAACACGGAGGACUUCCUCUUCCAGGCGAUCCUCGAGAAGACGAUUCGUAUUCCUCGCUCCAUCUCGGUGAAGGCCCAGUCUGUCCUCAAGGGGUUCCUGAACAAGAACCCCGUGGAGCGCCUGGGUUGCCAUCCGACCACGGGCUUCAGCGACAUAAUGUCGCACGCCUUCUUCAAGAGCAUCAAUUGGGAGCAGUUGGAGGGCAAGCAAGUGAUGCCGCCGUACAAGCCCAAGUUGGGCACAGAGCGAGACUUCGAGCACUUCGACCCCCAGUUUACCAGCGAGCCCGUGCAGCUGACUCCCGAUGAUACGAGACUCAUCUCGAAGAUUGACCAGUCAGAAUUCGAAGGUUUCGAGUAUGUCAACCCGCUGCUGAUGUCAUUGGAGGACUGUGUCUAGACGGCCUCCCCAUCUUCCAAUGCACCCCCUGUCGCCGCCCAUAGCCGAGCUGGGACCAGCGUUGGGAGCAGGCGAGCCCUCAAUGGCGCCUCUCCCUCCUGUAAAUUGUUGUGGUCCACGGGGCACAGUAUUUGCGCGAGUUAUCUCAAACGACGAAGUGGACGUUUGGAGUUUUGGAGGUUGAGAGUUUUAAUGUUUGUUAGCAGAAAGUGUAGCGUACGACAGUUGCUCAGGAUAGGAACCCAUCCAUAGCAGUGUCUGCUCUUGGCGUUUGGAGGACAGCCAGAAGUUGCUUUUCGCCACGUUUUGAAGGUGCAUACGAUCGGCCGGUAGGAUCCCGAGGGGGACCCUUCGUCCUCUGGUGCGCACAUUCUUUUUUUUGUUGACGCCUUUGCUGCCAGCAUUCCCUCAUCGUAGGGUUGCCCCGCAAAGUAUACACCUGCAUUGCCUCAAGACCGUUCGCUUUUCCAAUUGUAUUGUUGUAUCGGUGUACUAUCGUCAUAAUUGCCUCGAAGGCCGGACCACAGCCUCUCGCCGUAGUUGUUACGGCCGGAGGAAGGUGUUACAUCAAGUAUGGUACUCUAAAAAUAUAUAUAUAUAUAUAACGUAUAUAUUUACUCUGGGGUUGCCCAGCCCUGGUCCUCGUGUACAUUCCAGCGCCGCCUUAUACGUCAGACUCUGUGUACAUUCCCCCCCCCCCCCCCCCCUUACCCUCGUGAAGAAAGUUGAAGCACUCCGUGACAGUGUUUGUUUCCUAAUUUGUUUUGCAUAAAUUUCAGGUCUGCAAUGAAUUUCCUCUUUUUAUUCAUCAGCUGCAUUGCUUAGCUACCUUUUGGAACUCGUUAAAAAGCAAAGCGCCUACUUGCUGUUUUUGCAUGCAUGCCAAAACAAUUCUGUCCCCUUUCUCGCAAGUGCUAUCUGAGACACGCUUCUAAGGGACCCUAAACUCGUUUUGCACGCCGGGGUGGCGGCUGGGUUGUCAUCUUUUUUUUUUGCUUUUUUUUUAUCUGGCUGCCUGUUGGUAUUACGUUACAGGGCGUCCUUUGAUAAGCUGUUUGUGACAGGAAGAGCGGGCAGUAUCUGAAGAGCAGGCAGAUUGAGGUCAACAAGGGUAGUUCUCUCGGUAGACGAGAUAACCCCGUCCCAAGCGCGCGGUUGCUUUCUCUUGGAAACGGAAUGUCAACGCGGUUCUCCCGUUUCAAUGUUUCGUCAAGCUUUGAUGGCAAGGCCGGGCAGAAGCCAUCUUGGAUUUCUUUACCCCGCUCGUCCUCUAAUCGAUCUGCAGCCUAGAAAGUUUCUCUAGCAAAAAGGGGAGGGUUAGCUGCCCCCAGGAUAAUCCGUCAACACAGAACACUGCAUUUACAUCCCGCCCGAAUCUUUUAGAGCAUUUUGAAUAUUUACCUUUCGUCUAGGACGUAGAACCGUCUGCGUGUUUUUACGUAGCAAAAAGUUAGGCGUACCUCGUGAACAUAGUUUCAAAUCCGAAAGGACAGUCCGGUCGCUUCCUCAGACAUCACAACUUCACAGCAGACAAGUCGAGCAACAUCGCACCGUUUAGCUUAGGAGCGACACCAAAGGCCUCACCGGUGAUGGAUUGUAGCCUCAUCAUUCUAACGUCGUGUAGGCCUAGCCUAUGGGUCUCAGGUCGCCUGACUGUUUCUGGGUCGCAUGUAGAGGAAACACCUCGAGUGUUCGGAGAGUGUUUGUUUUGUUUGCCCCGAGAGUUCCAGUUGUCAGUCGUGCUUCAGCUGCUGGUAAGUUCAAAAUGUGGAGGUUGGACAUGUCUUGACCGCAAAGUAUUUAUGAGUGUUUAUGAUCCCCUUUAUUCCUUUUUUUAGCGGUUGCUGUCUUUCUCCUUGGCUGUUAGCCUUGAAACUGAGCCAAAAUUAUUCAGUCAGCCCCGUUAUCUCCGAAGGUAUACAGCAUGGGGCUGUCGUAAACAGAUGAGAGCACAUCAUCUGCUGUCCAUUUUAACUUUUGUAUGUGCUUCAGAUUACUGCUACAGUUGGGGUUCAUUGUGUUAAUUAAAUUGUCUCCGUUUAUUUUGGUUUUAUUUUAGUUGCAUUGUUCGGAGGACACUGCCAGUUUGCAGUAUGGGAUCAUGAGCACAGUGGCCUUUUCUUUCCCUUUCUCUCUAUUUUAUUUUUAUUUUUUGGAGGGCUGUGCUUUUUCUUCAAAGUGUGCAUAUCAAGUACAUUUCAACUAUAUGCAUUAUUUUAUAUGCCAGUGUUUUAUGGAGAUUGUUUACCACAGUGUUGCUUAACAAAUUGAUGGUGAUCUUCAAGGAAGUUGUACAAGAGUUGUUGGUGACUUGCACAUUUACUGCGCUAGCUCUUACUAAUUCCAUAGCUGUACUCCUUAGAAAAUAAAGUAUUGUACAGAGAUACACA